CCCAUAUCUCGGAAAUCCAUCGCGGCCACCAACUAAGCUCAUCAUGCGCUGCUGCCAAAUCGUCAUGGGCCCAGCGGGCACGGGCAAGUCGACCUACUGCAAGAACAUGCACGAGCACUGCGCCACGACCGGGCGCAUGACGUACGUCGUGAACCUCGACCCGGCGGCCGAGACCUUUGACUACCCCGUGGCUUUUGAUAUUCGCGACCUGAUUUCGCUCGAGGACGUCAUGGAAGAGCUUGGCUACGGCCCCAACGGCGGCCUCGUCUACUGCAUGGAGUACUUGAUCCAGAACCUCGACUGGUUGCAGGACCUUCUCGUCGAGUACAGCGACGACGACUACUUUAUCUUCGACUGCCCUGGCCAAAUCGAGCUCUACUCGCAUCUCCCGGUGAUGAAGUCGCUCUGCGCGGCCUUGGGCGACUGGGGCUUUUCGAUCUGCGGCGUCUACCUUAUCGACUCGCUCUUCAUUUCGGACCCGAGCAAGUUCAUCUCGGGCGUCCUUUGCUCGCUCUCGGCCAUGGUGCAGCUCGAGUUGCCCCACGUCAACGUGUUGACCAAGUGCGACUUGGCCGACGAGCUCGAAGUUGAAAAGUACCUCGACCCGUCCUCAGGCUACCUUCUCGAGAGCUUGACGCAAGCGACGAACGACAAGUGGCAGCCACUGAGCCGCGCCGUGUGCAACGUGAUCAACGACUAUAGCAUGGUCGCUUUUGUGCCCAUGAACAUUACGGACGAAGGCAGCAUGGACGUCGUCUUGCAGCACAUCGACCACGCGAUCAACUAUGGCGAAGACAUGGAGCCCAAGGAACCCAAGGACGAUUUCGGCGACGACGAAUAAAUUGCCAGAGGUUUUUUUCCUUGAAUAUAUAUUAUAUUGCAGAGGUC